GGGUGCCGAGGCGCGGGUGCGGGCUGAGUUCCGGCAGCACGCCUGCCUGCCACGCUCCGACGUCCUGCGCAUCGAGUACUUGUACCGCCGCGGGCGGCGCCAGCUCCAGCUGCUGCGCUCCGGCCACGCCACGGCCAUAGGCGCCUUCGUGCGCCCGCGGGGCCCGAAGGAGGAGGAGCCGGGGGGCACGCGGGCCCCGGAGUCCCUCCCUGACGACGGUGACGGUUCAAGGAGCCUUCACGACGGCAAGGGGGCACCGGUGACCCGACCUGAUGGUCGGUGACAGGCAGAGAAGAGAGCUCACUCUAUGGCGCAGGGGGACCAGGGUGCCCGCCUGACUUUGUGGGGUAUCAGAACUCAUCUGAAGGAAGGUGAGAGGUCUUUAGAGACUGUUUCCACGGACUGGGGAAACGGGAAUCCCUCCUGGCAACGUAAGGGCCUAGAGAGUCCCGUGAUGGACGGUGAGAGAUGCCCCACCUCUCCAGAUGGCGCUGCGUGGUGACAGGUCACAUUUCUUCCCCACCAGCGUCUGAGGUCUUAGGGUGGCCUGGAUGUCAAGUUGUAAUCUGUUUACCCGAAGGCAUGGGGAGCCGGGAUGCCCCUCUGAUGGCCGGAGUUAGACGGAGGCACCCUUCUCUUGACCCCCAAGAACACACCCACCCCUGGCUCUCGGAGGAGCCUGGUCUUUAACUCUGAGAAGAGCAGACUUUGCUGAGUUUAGCAAGAUGCCCUGAACGGUGAGAAGCGCUGAGUACCUGUUUGGAAAACUGUCUCCUUCAUUGUGACAAACUAGGAUCAUGAGUAAGGAGCAAGGGGUCUGUCACUCCAGCUGAUCAACUAAAGACCCCUCAAGACCUUUACUGGAUGAAGCUGAAGGGCAGCGUACUUCUGUGACCCCCCCCCCCCUCAGGACAGCUGUUUAACAAAGGGAAUAAAAUUGGGGAUGAGCUUACUUCCCUAUUAAUAGUCGUAAGGAUUUUAUGAUCUGGAGAUUUUUCACAGUGGUCAUGCUAAUCUGUAUUUUCUAAUUUUAGAAUAUGUAAUGCCAAA